GGCCGCGGGGGUAUACAAGGUUUCAGCCGCUAGUACUACCCAUUCCGCUGCGGCAGAUCUCUGUGGUUGUACCCAGGCUCCGGACACAUCGCUCGAAGAUGAUACCGCGCUGGACCAUUUUAUUAUCGAUCGCUCAAUUAAUAAUAUGCACGGAGCAUUAUUUAUUACCGGAGUUACCUCCUGGGGAGGCGCCGGAGCCCAUUCUGACCUUCAUGGAGAAGACAUACCACAGCGGACGAGUACGAGCGGGAUACGACGCAGGGGAACCCUUACUCCUCACGCCGUUUAUUGAAGAGAAGAAACUGGAGGAAGCGAGGAAAGCCGCUUUCGUGGACCCAGGGCACACUCUACCCGAUAUGGAGAGCUACGCCGGAUAUUUAACUGUUAACAAGGAGUACAACUCGAACCUUUGGUUCUGGUAUUUCCCUGUGGCGGACAAGCCCGUUGCAGAUACUCCUUUGAUCCUCUGGCUGCAGGGAGGUCCCGGCGCGUCGUCCCUCUACGGCCUCUUUACUGAGAUUGGGCCCUUCCGUGUCACUGAAAAUAGUAAUUUAGAAGAGAUGAAAUAUUCUUGGGGCAAGAAUCACUCGCUGCUGUUCAUCGACAACCCAGUUGGCACCGGUUUCAGCUUUACUGACGACGACCGUGGAUAUUCUACUAACCAGACAACGAUCGGCGAGAAUCUGUACGCAGCGUUACAACAGUUCCUGACGCUAUUCCCUGAGCUGAGGAAGGCACCUUUAACGCUGGCAGGGGAGUCGUACGCGGGGAAACACAUACCCUCCCUCGCGGUGCAGAUCCUCUGGCAUCGGGAGGAGCAUGAACCUGUUAAUCUACAAAGUUUAGCGAUAGGUAACGGUUUCAUCGACCCGCUGACUCUGCAGCGCUACAGCCACUUUGUGCGCGAAGUGGGUCUGCUGGACGACAAGGCGGCCGACGCAAUGAACCACCUCGAGACCGCUGUUAUACAGUUUAUUAACAACGGAGAGAUGCUUAAAGCUUACGCGUAUUACAAUUAUCUGCUUCAACUGUUCAUCUCGGAGUCACGACUGAGCAACUUGUACAACUACCUGCAAGACGACAUAAGCUUGGAGGGUAGUUACGUGGACUUCAUCCAGCGGGACGACGUGCGGCGCGCGCUGCAUGUUGGCAACACCAACUUCACGUCGAUCGGCGUUGUCUAUAAAAAGCUCGUGCCCGACUUUAUGGGCAGCGCGAAAAAUUGGCUGGAAGAACUACUGGAGAACUAUAGGGUUAUGAUAUACAACGGUCAUUUGGACAUCAUUGUCGCGUACCAUCCGUCGGUAAAUACGUACAACGCUCUCUCAUUCUCCGGUACUGCGGAAUUCAAAGCGGCCAAGAGAAUGCCCUGGUAUCACGACGGGAGAGUUGCGGGGUAUUACAAAAGAGCCGGCAACUUAACUGAAGUGAUGGUCCGUGGUGCCGGUCAUAUGGUGCCUACUGACCAGCCUCCUGCAGCCCUAGGCCUCAUAUCGGCCUUCGUACGCGGCGUGGAACUCGACAAGGAUACAGCUGCGUUGGUCGAUGAAAAAAACUCGCAAAUGCUUCGUCAUCUACCCACAAAUUAGUUAUAAAUUCGCAUUUAAUUUUCAUAGUUGUUAACUCUUAUAGGCUACUUUUAUUUUAAGAUCCGUGUCUGUAUGUAUAUAAUCGCAUGACGGUUGUGUAAAUAUGUAAUAAAGUAGUGUUUUUUA